AUGCCGGAGCCCUAUGCCGUUCUUGCCACUGGGUGCGAUGUGCUGACAGUGUUCAGCUGUGACUUCGACCCCCAAGACCUCCCUGCCCCCCCCGACCCUGGACUGAUACUGCCUGGACAAAAGUACGCGCCUUUAUCCCCACAGGAUGUAUUGCCCGUUGCACCAACUGGUGAUGCACAGCCAGAGGAAAUCGAGAGAACAGGGGAUAGGAGAUCAGGUGCUCUCGUAGAGAAACCUCAACAGGCAGGCACACUGAGACCAGAGGGACGAGCUGAUGGUUGGGGGGCAGCAGAGCUUGACCGGACAGUCAUUCAGGCACCAGCCAGUCCCCCACCCACCGCGGACAGCAGCAGCGGGGCCGUUGAUCUUUUCUCUAUACCGUCCGAUGCAGUGGGCGAGAGCGCAGAGCAACGGCUCCAGCAGCAGCUGAUGCUGGAAUCCCUACUGUGGGGAAAUGCUGAGGGAAGCCCUUCGUGCCGAACCGGGUUUCUACAGCAGUCACAGACAGCUGCAGGCCAGAACACCCCAGCAAGUGGGUUGCACAGCGUAAACUCGGAGCCGGUCGAGGACACUUUGGGGCGAGCAGAACAGCAGCAGCACAGCAGACAAAUCCCACACACUGCAACCACCGCUGUCCCACCCUUCAUCCUCCGGAAGAGAGGCGUAACAAACACACACAGACAGACACGGGGGCCCGCAGUCUCUGACGAAGUGGUGCACAGUGUGGGGCAACCGCCUCGCGGUGAGGAGGCGGAGCCUGAAAUUCGCAGAGACGGCGACGCCUGUAGGCGCGUGAAAGGCGAAUUGACGGCGGAGUAA